AUGCCCCACAAUACGGUUUCGAAAAUAAUUUACGAAACGUGCGAUGCCAUAUGGGACACACUACAUGAAGGAUUUAUGCCGUUCCCAACAACCGCAGCACUCAAGCAGGUCUCACAAAUGUUCUACGAACGAUUUGGUUUUCCUAAUUGUGUUGGCGCCAUCGAUGGAAAACACAUCAGGAUAAAAUGUCCUAACAAUAGCGGGUCUAAUUUUUUCAACUAUAAAAAAUUUUUUUCGAUACAUUUACAAGCUGUGGCUGAUGCCGACAGACGGUUUAUUUUUGUAGAUGUUGGAGAUUAUGGCAGACGAAGCACAGAUGAGGAGUUGCCCUUUGUACUGAUUGGGGACCAGGGCUAUCCAUUAAAAAAGUAUUUAUUGCGCCCCUACGCUGGCAAUAAUCUAGAUCCUCAAAAAGAAUUUUUCAAUGAGAAGCUUAGUAGCUCAAGAAAUGUAGUAGAGUGUGCAUUUGGGCUCCUUGUAGCUAAAUGGAGAUGCUUGAAAACUGAAAUACAGCUGGACCCAGACAAUGUUGAUAAAGUGCCGUGGAUUGCAUUGAAGUAG